AUGGCGACGCACGGAGCGCAAGGGGAGGCGCCUGAAGAACAAGGGCGUCGCACCGGCUUACGACCACGUAAGACCGUUGACUACCUCCAAGCCGCCCAAGGCUAUACGAAAGACGACGAGGGCGACGAAGACUAUGUCAAGGAGGAGAUGACUCCGGACAUAGAGGAAGAGAUCGGUGUGGAGGAAGUGGAGAAGGACGACGAGGAGGCGAAUGACACGAAGGUGGAGAGCGUGGAGGACGAGGAGGAGGUGAAGGGCGUGGAGGACGAGGAGGAGGCGAAGAGCGAAGAGAUGGCGGGCAUCAGCGCCAUGUCCGCCGUCGAACAUGCGGUCGGCCCGAACGAGCAACAUGUGGACGAUGAUGACUUGUUCGGUGAUGACGAUGACGACACCACCGCCACGCACGUGACGGCCAAGUCGGACGGUGGCAUGGCUGCUGCCGUCAUCGACGAUGAUGACUUGUUCGGCGGUGAGGACGAUAAAGAUACGGACGCGGUGGCGGAGGACAACGACAAAGGCGCUGGCAGCAAGCGGAAAGUGACGGGUUUCGAAAAAUAUUUGUACGCGCGGCCCGGGAAGAAGCCGAAGCUGAAGCCGCUGUCGAAGCGUCGUGCGCCAGCCGAAGAAAGCUACAGCACGAAAGCGCAAGGUGCUUCACCUUCCAAACGUGCGAAAGUUGGGAGGAAGGAAAACGAGCAGGCUGCUGUCACGUCAGCAAGUGACCAGCCGCCACCACGUCAUCGUGAGCGCCGCCGCACUAAAACGUGGGAGGAGCGGUAG